GAUAAAUACUUUGGCUACCUUUUGCCCAGUCCCUGUUAUUAGGAUCCUUAUUCGAACUUGGUAAAGUAGUUGAUCAGUAGUACAGUAAUGGAUACCUGCAGAUUAGCCUAAUUCUGUACAUAUUCUGCAUAUCCAUUUUGGUUGACUUGUACCAGUUUCUUAAAUUGGGAUAGCAGCGGUAGUCCAGUGGAGUGAAUACUGCCCAAACAUCAGUAGGGGCCAGUGUCCAGAGCACUUCCCCCCACAGAGAGCCUAACUGUUAGACCAUGGCACCCCUUGCUAAAAUGAGAAGCUGCACAUCGGCCAAUGUUUACACAAAGGUCCCUGAUGGUGGAUGGGGAUGGGUGGUGGCCGUUGCUUUCUUCUUUCUGGAAGUAUUGACUUAUGGCAUCAUUAAGUCAUUUGGUGUAUUCUUCAAUGACCUGGUCUUAUAUUUUGAUGAAAGUAACAGCAGAGUGUCGUGGAUAUUGUCAAUCUGUACAUUUGUCCUGACAUUUACUGCUCCCUUGUCAACUGUACUGAGCAACAGAUUUGGACAUCGGCCCAUUGUGAUGAUUGGAGGGUUCCUUGUUGGUCUUGGAAUGAUAGCUGCAUCCUUCGCAAGUGGUGUUGUUGAAAUGUACAUCACCAUUGGAAUAAUCUCUGGCCUCGGAUAUUGUCUUUCUUUCCUUCCAACUGUCUCCGUUCUGGCUUUGUACUUUGAUAAGAAACUCUCCCUUGUGGCGGCACUUGCAUCUACAGGAGAAUGUGUUGCUGUUUUCGUUUUUGCCCCAGGUUUUACUUUCCUGAAGGACCUUGUUGGUUGGCGUCAUUGCCUUCUAAUUGUGGGAGCGCUUCAGUUAAACAUUAUGGUCUGCGGAGCGUUGCUUCGGCCAGUAAUCAUUAAAAAGGAAGGUGCAUCACAGAGUGAAAACGAAGAGAGAUCCUCACAAGCAGGCGGUUUGGAAAUUAAGUACAUGCUGGAGAAUGAACUAACUUGUAGUUCCUUUAGCUCUGUAGACUCUGGAGUUGUUCUUUCUACCUCAUGUCCUAAUAUUCCUGGAAGCAUAGCUGUACAAGGGAAUGAAUGUGAAUCUCCAAAGGAAAAUACUCAGAUGCUUCCUGCAAGUGAAAAUUUAAAAACAAAGCCAGGGAACAUACUCCUAGACUUAAGUUUGCUUAAGGAGCUCAAUUUUAUCUGUUAUGCACUAUUUGGACUUUUUGCCACUGUAGGUUUCUUUGCCCCACAGUUGUAUGUUAUUGCACUGGCUGUUAGCCUUGGCAUUGAUAAAGACAAGUCAUCAUAUGUACUUUCUACAAUGGCUGCUGCUGAACUAGUUGGCAGAAUAUCUGCUGGCUUGAUCCACAACAAGAAGCCAAUACGGAAGGUAUAUAUUGAACUGAUCUGUGUGCUGCUGCUGUGCGUGUCGCUGCUUUCAUUCCCUUCUGCAUCUGGGUUCUGGGGAUUGAUGGUCUGUAGUGGAGUGUUUGGCUUUAUGUUGGGAACAGUGGCAGGUACACACAUCCCACUCUUGGCUGAAGAUGAUGUGGUCGGGAUUGAGAAAAUGUCUUCCGCAGCUGGAGUGUAUGUCUUCAUCCAGAGCUUUGCAGGAUUAGCUGCACCACCCCUUUCAGGUUUACUGAUUGAUAAAACACAAAACUAUGGCAGUGCCUUCUAUUUCUGUGCUGGCGGGAUGGCAGUAGCUGCCUUGUUCUUGGCAUUAGUACGACCCUGCAAGGUAGGAGUCUGCAGAAGAGGACAUCAGCCCAAGACAAUAUACUGUGAAGAUUCAGUGGACCAUAAAGAAGACCCCAAUGACUUGAAAGAUGUAGUAAAUGUGCCUGAAGAUUUUCUGGAGAUGGAUAUUAAACCAGAUCAAGAAGAUGUGAUCUGUAUCUGAACUGUCAAAAUCAUGCAGUACAAAUUACUGGAAUAUUCCUAGAAAUUCUGAGCUACAUGCUGCUUAUGAUGACAUCUGUAAAUCCAUUUUGUAGGGAAGAAAGUGAGUUACAUGCCAGCUUAGUUAAAGGGAAUUUUAAUGUUUACCUCAUUUGCUGUCUUCAUGUACAGAAUAUAUUGCCUGUGUAAAGAGUGCAUCCCAACUCCUAAAUUGUUUUCUGAAGCCCACACCCCCUCCUUAUUUGGGUACAUUUACAUUAGUAUAAAGAAGUCGCUUCUUAAGUACCGGAGUCUAACAGUUGCCAAAGCUCAAGCAAAUGAUGUUAAAAACGUUUUGAUAUGAGCAGGGCGCUUUUAGUAGCCAGAAUUCACAUCUGUGCUUCAGCAGCUUGUUAAAAGCUAAUUUUAACUAGUGUAAUCUACAAUUCUGAGUUACUCUCUUCAAUUAAACUAUGUUGUUUGCUAAAACAUGUAAGUAAACAAGGUGAGCACACCCAAGGAGCAGUGCACAGGACUGUGACUGGCAGUACACUUUUUAUCACUGCAUAGUGGAAAGAAGCAUUCAUUUUUUGCAGUUUUUGAACUUCAGCACUGUGCUGUCACAUCGAGAGAUUCAAUACUCGCAUCAUUCCAUUCCAACACCAAGAAAUACUUUUUUUUUUUGUCUAGCUAAGAAAGUAAUAAUUUUGGGACUUUUUAGAACUGCAUGUAAUUGUCACCUAAAGUCCUUAUGGGUAGAUGUAGUAAACAUAUCUUUUAUUAAAUUAAGCUUAUCUUCCUAUUAGCUGUUAACAAGAGUUUGGUAGCUGCCCGUCAACAACUUGCUGUUCCGCAUUACUUGCUGAGGAACACUGAAUGCCAGACACUCUAGUUCUGGAAAUAUGAACCAGAGUUUCUUGAACAGCAGUUGUCAAUGUUUUGUACUAGCUGUACGUUUUCUGGGAGUGAGGUCUUCCAUUGGCCCUAGAAGUUGUGUUAUCUAGGGUAGUAAUCAAAAAGUAACUGGUCAGCCAAAGUACCAGCUCUGUAUGUUUCAUUUAUGAGUUUAAAGGCCUAAAGGUAAUUAACAUUUCAUUUUUUUUUUUUGCAGUGGGGGGGGGGGGUGCAGUUGUAAUGCUGGUAUUUGCCCCUUUCACUGUCGUGCAGCUCACAAACUUGUUUUCUGAUAUAGGGAGUAUAAGCAUGAAAAUCGGAUUUAACAUUCUGAGACAUUUUUUUAUUCCCUUCCAACAAGUAGUUUUGUGCUAGCCAUUUUUGUUAUGGCUUAACUUGUUUUCCAGGACUUGAACCCUGUAACUACUACUUCGGGUUUGAUGGUGAGAUUGAAGUCUAGCCUUUCAUGAGGUGAUUGCUGCAGUUUGAGGGUCCGCAGGGUGGGCUCAUCUAUAAGCAUUCCUAUUCCAUUCCCCCUAACAGUGGCCAUGCUUGAUCCAGCAGUAUAAACAGAAACCCUGUCUUUUUAUUCAUUAGUCAAGCCUUGAAUGAACAAACAUUUCUGGUGAGAUUAGGGCUGCAUUAUUAUUGGUAGAUAAAGUGUGCUAGUUGUCACCUAUCGUAUUAGUUUCAGAGACUGGAUCAAGACUCACUUUUUGUAGAGUGAGAUUUCUGAGUAGGCACAAAUGAUAUAAUAUGAAUUCUGAUAAUAGCAAUCCUUUCAGAAGGGCUCAGGGAAGCUGACUCCAUCUUAUUUAGUAUGUUUCAACUUAUGACUUACUAAACCAAUGGGGUUGUCUGCAUGGAACCCUAAAGAGCUGCUGUAAUGUGAACCACAGCAUAAAUGAGUUUCACACAUCUGCCGGUGCAGGCGUACCUCAUCAUGCAUAGUCUUUAAGGCACUGGCAAGAAUUGCCCCUACAAAAUUGCCCCAUACUCCAAAAAUAAAAAAGGGAAACAACCAAUGUAUGAUAAACGUCACACUUAAAAACAGGACAAGACUGCCUUAAAAUUAGGACAAGACUGCACGAUAUUAAGUGUACCAAACUUUAAGAACUCCACUUGUCAUCAAUACAGACUUCAUCAGAAUAACAAAAUGAACAUUUAUUUCAGUAUUUAAAUGCAAAACUUCCAAAAGAGUAUUGACUUGUAAAGGACCAUGUAAAAUACAUAAACAUGACUGAAAAAUACACACAAGAAAACAGGGUAUAUUAAAAUUGUAUUGGUAAAAGGGAAACUGUAUGGCAAAUAAUGUUAAGAGCUGAUGAAUACCCUGGCCUAAAAUAAACUAUGAAUAUUAAGUGUUUCUUGAAAGAUAGGAGUUGGAAGUUAGGGAUUAAUUAUGGUGCAAAUUUUCAAAUGUUUUUUAAAUACUGACAUGAAUGUUAGUUUUGCUAUUCUGAUGAAGUCUGUAUUGCCAAAAAGCGGAGUUAUUAAAGUUUGGUACGCUUAAUAUCGUGCAGUCUUGUCCUUCGGUUUUGUGAUUUUUGUUUUUAAAAUUGCCCCGUUGUAGUUUCCAGAUGCACCAAUGUGGUUGUCAUGUUCUGGCUGUGACAUGUACCAGUACCCUUUUGCCACUGCAGAUUUCUUCCAGUGGUAUGUGCAGCUUUCAUUUGAUGAACCGGGUUUGGGAUCAGUCUGCUGGUAAAGCAUCCAACAAAGUAUUAUGUUGUCUGUAGUAAAAAAAAAAAAAAAGGUCUGCUUUAAGAGAAAUGGCCUGCAGCAGUCAUACUGUGAACAUCUUAAAAAAAGAAAAACAUGCACAUCAGUUGCUGGAUUCAGACUUGAAAAGAUUCACAACAAUUAAUUUAUGUUUUAAGAUUUACUGUAGUACAUUUUUAUGUUUUUCACUUGAAUAUAUAUUAAAGAAGCCACACUGUUUAUUCACUGCUAUGUAAAUUAUUUGGGAACUUUAUAAGUUUUGUACAUGUGAGGUGGGCAAGAGAGUGCUUAACCUAUUUUCCAGCCAGUAAAAAUCUGUUGUGACAUUCCUAUCCCUUUUUAAUUGAAGUUUUCACUGUCAGACAACACUUAAAGUUGCCUAGUCUGUUUUCUGCAUUACUAGAAUCUGCCAUACAGUACUUUAGAGGGGAAUAAUUAGCGUUAUUGUUUUUUCUCCAAAUUAUGUUACCCUUCACAGUCUGGUCUUAAUUGCUACACUGAAAACUUCUUGUUUUCUUUCUAAAAAGAAAAAGUGCAGGUGAUCAACAGAUUUGUCCAUUUUUUGUGCCUUAAGUAGAAUACCAGAAUGUUUACUCCACUUCAACAGUUUACUGUAGACAAAUAGGCUUGUUCAUUUCAUGUGAAUAUGCUACUUGUACUUUCAUUGUUACUGGCUGGAAAAGUAUAAAAGCACCUUAUUUUACCUCAGGGCAUUUUGUUUGCAACUUCAACCUCCAAGUGUUAUUUAAAGAGAAAGUAUAAAAUGUACAGUAAUUUAUAUGCAUUUUCUGUAUAUAUUUGUGAAUGCAGCUUCAGUAUUUCAAAUGUGAAUAAAGGUCUGAGGCUGUCAAGUAAAUUUUUUGUAUUUUGGUAAAGUUAUUAAAUGCUAACCCUGAACUUUUUCAAUAAAACACUUGAAUUAA